GCGGUUUUGACCGAAGCGACAUCGAUGGUCCACCAGUACCAGCUCAUGCAGGCGCUUGGCGUUGUUCAUGUGCUCGUGGCCAUGUACUGCAGUGUCUGGUUUGUGGACCUCGUGACGCCGAGCUUGCAGAACGACCUCUUUUGGCCCGGGUUUGGCCCGUCGACGGCGCAGACGUAUCUGCUCGACGUCUACCGGCGGCACUUGACAACAUCCGCCAGUGCCGCUUCCUCCCUCGACCUCUUGGAUGCGCGCGAAGGGAUCCUCAAGGUCUACGGUACGCCGACGACCGUGGGUUCUGUUCAGUCGACGUACGCUCGGUCGCUCGCGCUCGGCGCCUACACGUCGGUAGAAGACGCGGUCGUGGGCUUCCGGUCGCUUGACCCGAGCUACGCGUUUUCACUUGUGACGCUCUACUGCUGGGCCGACUUUGACCGGCGCUGGGCGCUGGCACAUACGGCGGCGCGCCAAGCCCGGUGCGCUGCAUUUAUGCACGCCAAUGGCGCCGUGUACCUCGAGUCGGUGUUGCGCAACGUGGCGUGGGCUCCGUGGGCGGCGCUGUACGGUGCGAGCUUUGACGCAGCCGUCGGCGACGGUAUUCGUGCGUCAGCGGGCGGCGAAGCGUGGCUCGCGAGCCUCGAGAAUGCGUUCACGUCCACUGACGACGAGGUUGCGUACUGGAGAUCCAAGCACAUUUCCAGGUACGAGCUGCAGUGGAGCAACAUGGACGAGAUUGGCAUCCACGAAUCGAUUGGCGUUGUCAACAUGCUCGGGUGGGCGCAAGCGUUGACAACUGCUGCGAUCGCGUACGCGCCAAGAAGCUCGAUGUGGACCUCGUUUGCACUCAACUGGGCGUUCUUUGACGAUCUUUGGGCUGCCGCCAUCACCAACAGCAGUCUUCUCCGCGGUGCAUCCGACUACAUUGGGGACGCUACGAUCGAGUCUCUUUUGUUUGUGUACCCAUAUACGCCCGCGAGUCUUGUGUUGCACAACGAACUCGGGCCGUUCCAGUCCGUGGACCUCUUCUUGAUUCCGCCGCCUACCGCUCUUGUGAACGCUGUCACUAGCUUCGACGCGCUCGUUGCCCGUGCGCUGCAAACGAACCGAAGUCUUCUCGACGCCUACAGGGCCGUGCCAGUACCGCUACUGGACCCUAUUCCAGUCGCGUGGUCACCGUCUACUACAACGUUACGCUUUCUCGGGGGGAGUCCGCUGUGUGCCUAUGGUCUCGGCACACCAUUUGUGCAGCCGUCGUUUUCAUUUGACGACACGUGCGGCGCCGAAGUGCCCAGUCGCUUGGCGCUAACCGUGCCCCCCACGGUCUUUGCCGCUGCGAUUUUGGCAAGCAACGAGGAGGACGUUGCCAUCUGUCGUCCGUGCAGCAUGGCCACGACCACGCUCUGUACAGUCGCAGCGCAUGCAGCAAGCAACGUGGGUAUAGCCGUGUUGACCGAAACGGUAGCGACGACCGACUUUUACUCGCGUGUACAGGCAGCAACAGACGCAGUCGCUUUGCUCCAAGUCGAAAUCAUCCAGUUUGCUAUCGACACGAAUGGCGCCACGUCUGUCUCGCGCAAUUACCUUUUGGAUAGAGACUGGACGUUCUUUGGUUGGGUCAUGCUGCACGAGUGGGCACUCGGCUUCCGAGAAGUCGUCUCGUUCCAAGGGGACGUGCGCGCGUUGACGCUGCUUUCCGAGCGCGUCGAGCCACAGCCGUUUGCAGCAAGUGCUCUCGAAGUCCCAACGCCCACCGCUACGUACUUGCACUACGUCGUCUUGGCCACCACGAGCUGGCUGCUGUUUGUGACGCUCUUGACGCUACUGUAUUUUGCCUGCAGUGACGAGCACACUAACGUCCUUGCAUUGCGGCAUCUCUACCGCGUUGCGGGGCCUGUCUGGCUUGGGCGGCCAAUUCUUCUGCUCCGUGCCGCCGCGGCCACCACCGUUCUUAGCACCGCAUGCAUCCGAUUUGAAUCGCAACCGCUCGGACGAUUUGAGUUUGCACCGCGAGACCUUUGGACUGUUAUCGUGCUCGCUGGCGAGGCGGCGUGGGGCACCAUCGUCGUGUCGGACGUCCUACUCGUGCUGCCGUCCGCGCCAACUUGGUCAGGGCCUCUGAGUACGGGGCUGGUGUGGACUGCCAUCGUACUUUUCGAGGUUUUGUCGCCGAUUCGUAUGACUGCGACGCUACACCGGGAGUGUUCGCGCGUCAACGUGAAUGCACAGCUAUCUUGUUCCGGGGGCAACGUCGUGAUCGGGUCCGCUACCCGCGCGUGGCUCAUCGCCGCCAUCACCGUCGGUACCGUUGUGACUUGCAACGGUCUUGCGCGGGUCGUCAGCAAUCAUCGUAGCCGUGUAAUCGCGCAACCUCCUGUGGACGUUGCGUGGCCUCUCGCUGCGGCGGCCGCGGCGCUUCUCGCGCCUGUCGGAGACAUUUGGAGUAUCGAUGCGGUGACCGCGUGCACGAGUGGGCUUGUGCGCCUGCGUCUUGGGACGACGCAUAUUGUAUUCGAUAUCAAACUUUGGGUUGUCUUUGUGGCGCCGUCCGAUGUGGGCCCCCCACUUCCUGUGGUGUGCCCCCCGCACGUCGAUUUGAACGCUCUGUCGCCUGUUGUUGUCAAGAGAGGAAGCCUGCUGCGGUCGAAACUCAUGGUGAUUGUGGGACUUGUGUACGUUGUCGGGACGGCGGGCAGCAGCCUCUCGUACCUCCGGCUCUCGUCUGUGAACCUCGCCAACGAUUUCUGGUGGGCGACCUUCAACACAACGGGCACGCACACGUUUAUUGCUAAUUGGUUCAACCGAAACGUGCAGGUGACGCCAGCGCUGUCACAAAUGCGCUUGGACACGAUGGCAUUCGCCGACAUGACGUCGUAUGCGUCAACUAGCAUGCCCCUCGUCGCCUUUUCGCCGCUCUACGCCCAUCGCGUCCAAUACGAAACCGGCGAGACCCUACCCCUCGUGAUCCAAGGACUUCGGUCAUUGGACGCUUGCGACGCACCAUGGAUUGCAACUGCCUACUGCUGGCUGGACUUGGACAGGCAUGUUGAAAUGGCCAUGACAUCUGCCCGUCAAGCGCGCUGCGCUGUGAAGCACCCGAGAAAUGCCGCCGUGUACCUCGAAGCUCUCUUGCGCAAUGUGCAGUGGGACCGCUUUCUAUCGUGCUGGGGCCCGUCGUUUGAGAGAGGCAUUGCUGUCGACGCUGUCUCGCUGCUUCCUGACGGCCACCGCUGGUUAACUUCCCUACCAUUGUCAAACGAUCGGUCGGUCCCGAGCGAAGUUGAUCUCUGGACAAAAGGCUACGACCUCGCUUUCUACUUGCCCCAGUGGCAAAACUACAAGGAUCUCGGGCUCACGGACGUCUUCUCGGUCGAGAACGCAUUUGGCCUUUUCUAUGACCUAACGCUGCAGUCGACGCGAGCGACAAGUCGCCUCGCCGCUGCGACAUCACGCAAGAUGUACUGGUCGUUUGCAAGUGACCUGUAUGCCGUCAAUGACAACAGCAGUGGGCUAGUUGGCUUCUCGCUCUUGCGGUCGAGUCCUCGGUUUGCAUUCCAGAACCUCUCGGCCACUGCAGUGUAUACGCAGAACGGCUCGGUCUUGCAAGCGCCGUUAAGUGCUGCGUAUGUUGUCUUUGAAUCCUGUAUCGGGCCAUUUGGCAGUGUCGAUCUCUAUCACAUCGCACCGCCGCAGUCCCUCUUAACGCUGCAGCGCGAUAUUGGCGAGGCGCUGGCCAUAGCGCUCACAACCCCCGACAGCAUGUCUGCUGCGUUUCCCGCGCAAGAGAGCUACACAACGCUCGUGCUGCUCAAUUCGCUCAGUCCCGUGCCCUUGUCACUCGACCGGACACUCUAUCGCUGUGCUGGUGGCAACCUCUUUUGCAACGACCUUGCGUUCAACUUCAACUUGACAAAUGGCAUGUCGCAGUUUACAGGCGUCCACGCCACGUGCAACACGGCGUUCAACGAGUGGAUCUUUGUCUCGGUCGCCCAAGCCGUCUUUGCAGUGCUCUCGUCGGGCCUCGAGACCGACACCAUUCCCAUGGCAUGUGCCCCCGAGGUGAUUGCGCCGGUCGAGUGCCAAGCGAGUCUCCGCAGUGUCCAUGCAUUCACGUCCACGUACCUUCCAUCCACGUUUCGAGACCGCGCCAAAACGGUCGAGCGCGACGUUGUCUCGCUCGGUGUUGGUAUCAUGCAGUAUGCCCAGCACGUGCCAACCCACGCGCUCUCGCUGUUUUUCGAACCGCUGUUUGCAUCGCUCGACAUGCACUACAUGAGCUGGGCGCUCGCACACGACUGGGCUGUUGGGAUCCGUGAAGCCCUUGUCGUUACUGGUGACGUGGCUUCGCUAGCGAUCCUCACCGCGCAGUCGAAGCCGGCCACGUUUUCCGCCAGUGCGAUCGAACUGCCUCUGAACACCGCCACCUAUGUACGAGGUUUUUGUCAGUACAUUUCUGUCGUCCUCGUCGUCUUGGCCAUCGUGAUCAGCUUCUACACGGUCUCGACCAUGGGUUCGGGUGAAGGCUGGAACCUGCUUGAAAUCAACCGCGUCGGAGGCAUGGUCUGGAUCGGGCGCCCGCUUUUGCUUGUUCGAAGCAUCUCGGCGCUUUGCAUUCUGUCGACAGCGACGCUGGAGCUCGUGUCCCGUGGUGACGCGACCAUUCUCGCCACGUCCCGCAGCGACGUCGCAGCGCCGAUAGCCUUUCUCACCAGCGUCCUUGCCGCGAGCGAGCUCGGCUGGCUCGUAUACAUUUUCAAUGACGUUGCAAUGGUUAUCACGCGUCAGUACACGGCCAGCUACACGAUCAAGGCGGCGCUGCUGUGCAUGCUUUUGGCCAUUUUGCUGAGCGUCUUGUCACCGAUAGCGCACAGCGUCACGAUCGACCGCGUCUGUGUCUUUGUCGCGCUGGACUUUACAAUGCAAUGCCACAGCGGCGUCGUCACCAUUGGGUCACGGACGCGUCUCGUGACGCUGUCGGUCAUUGCCGUCGGUGUCUCGACCGCCAUGUUUGCGUUGGACCGCGCGCGAUGUCGUCUUCCUUUGCCUCUCGAGAAGGACUCGUACUUGCUGUCGUCAGGCGCCAAGUACCUCUUUGAGAAAGAGGGCUGGGUCGUCCACGGCAUCUACUGUCUCGACUAUGCAUCGGCAGCGCUAUCGGGCCUCCUCGUGCUGCGCUACCGAAACGUGCGGUACAUUUUCGACAUCAAGACGUGGCGACUGCUUGUGCUCACGGACGAUGAAGUCGCACGCGUCAUCAAGGACGGUGCAAACGUCUUGCAACACUAUCAACACACACUGCCCCUCAUCAAGUAAAUCUAAUAUACUAGUAGUCCUCCAUCACAAGUUAAAU